AUGCUCGAAAAAAACGUGCUGCUAGAAAUAAGUUCGGUGGAUCAACUAAUUAAAAAUAUAACAAUUAAUCAUGAAGGUAUACAAAUUGGAUACUCAGAUAUUUGUGCACGUGUACGCCAAAAAUGUUUUGAAAAUCCGAUUAUCGAAAUAUUGCCCGAAAUUGAUAAUAUCGUACAGCGAAAAAAGAAAUUGAAGUAUCCGGUCGACAUAGAUCCGUUGACAUACUCUUAUCAAAUUUACGCUCUUAACUUUGGGGGUGUAAACGAAGAUAAGAACGAUUUCAUUCAGACAGUAAAUGCUACGAGAUUAGUUUAUUUCACUGACAACAGCAACAAGAAUAAACACAAUAUGAUUAAAAGAUGGCGAACAGAAGUAUAUAAUCGAAUAAGUAAUCAUCAAUUUAAAUAUCUUAUGUGUUUUAUUGAUAACUACUGGUCAAUAGAACAGCAAAAUGUGCACUUAGUGGAAAAUAUUAAACCUAUGAUUGGUGCUUUAAUUGCAUUUAUAUCUGUUUUCACUGCUGUUAUGUGCAUGAGCAACAAUUGGGCAAAAAGCAAGCCUCUUCUGGGUAUGGCAAGUGUGGUAUCCGCUGGUCUGGCCGUGGUCUCUUCUUUCGGAUUCAUGUCAUUUGUCGGUGUACCAAAUAGUAUUUGGAACAUCACCAUACCGUUUUUAGUUCUCGGGUGCAUGGCAUUAUCAGGACGCAGUGAAGAGAAACAACGACAAAAAGCAUUUCGUUAUAAUUUAGAAGAUAUCGAAUAUUCUACUACAGAAGAAGAAACGUCUACUGAUGAGCCAACAAUGGCGUUCUUUCGGGACAAGUUGGGGAAAAUUCUAUGUAUUAGUACAAUGAAGAUAAUAGUUAUCAUAGUUUACUUUCUGAAUUUAUUAUUUGGAAUAUGGGGAGCCUUAACUAUAACACACGGUGUUGAUUACACUAAGCUAUAUCCACAAAAAUCGGUAAUAACACAAGGUAUAAAAUUAUAUUAUAAUAGUUUCGGCCGUUAUACGUUUCCGUACCAAAUAGUCAUUAAUAGCACACUUGAUUAUUCAGAUUUAAAUGUACAGAGGACUAUAGAUGGAUUACUUAAAAAAUUCGAAAGUCUCCCACACAUUGCAGAUUCUCGAUUUACAGUAUCUUGGUUAAAAUAUUACAAGGAAUUCCAAACUCACUCGCUAGCAAAAUAUUCAUUACGAGGAUAUAACAUGUCGGUUAAAGAAGAUUUCUUGGAUGGGCUUCGCAAUGUUUUUCUGAAAUUUAAAUCAGCAGAACAAUUCACCAAUGAUAUCGCAUUCAAUUCUGACGGAUCCGAUAUUUUAAGUAGCAGAUUCCACAUUCUUGUAAAUGAUACGCUAAGUGCAGAAGAUGAAAUAGAAAUGUUAAAAAAUCUGUGGAAAAUUGCUGACGAAUUUGAUUUUCCUGUUCUCGUUUACGCAGCAUUAACUCCUCUGUACGAACAAGGAAUUAUAAUUGGAUGCACAAUUAGAGAUUUACUUUGGAUCACUUCACUAUUGGUUAUGAUUUUAUUUAUAGUUAUCGUACCGAACAUUGUCGUUGCUUUUCUCGUAGCAAUAUCGGUAUCAUCCACCAUUGUAGAAACUUUAGGAUACAUGUCUCUUUGGGGUAUAAACAUGGAUAUUUUUUCAAUGAUGAGCCUGAUAUUAUGUGUCGGAUUCUGCGUCAAUUAUCCGGCUCACAUGUCUUUCGCUUAUAUUUGUUCUUUGUAUCAAACCCCCAAUGAAAGAAUGAAAGACAGUCUGUAUCGUAUCGGCUAUCCAAUAUUUCAAGGAUCUCUGUCAACCAUUUUAGGAAUUUUAUUUGUAUACAGAGAUAUGUACGCUUUUAUUAUAUUUGUGAAAGUAGUAUUUCUUAUCGCAAUAGAAACUGCUUUUCAUGCAUUGAUGUUCAUUCCUGUUGUUUUUUCUUUGAUUCCUCCAUUUUUUUAA